AACAUAUACAUUCCACGAAAUCCUGAGUCCUGAGUCGCUUUGGUGGACAACUGAACUACGGAAGACGCCGAUUAAAAAGCACUAACACAGCACAAUUUUGUACAAGUUAGCAAGACAGUUGGUAGAAAAUGGGAAAGUCUUCUUCGUCGGUGCUCAAGCCCGUCAAGCGUCUCAAUAGAAAAGAACCUGUGUCCCCAAAACCAUCUGCCAUCCUAAAUAAAACUCCCACCAGGCGGAGCCCACGACUCAAUACUCCGGUGGCCGUUAGUCCAAGUCCAUUAAAAGUGGCGCGUCGAGCUCGCUCCUGUACGGCAUUUAAGAGUUUUUUAAACAAAUGCAGGAGAGAACAGCCUGGAAAGCUGCGCGCGGAGGUCGUCUCCAUUUGGCGCAAAAUGAGCGCCGAAGAGAAGAAAGCAUUUCAAAGAAUCAGCACAGUUCAAGUGCAAGAAACUCCUCCUAUACGCGUGCAUUUUCUGGAGGAGGAAGUUCCUGCACCCGUUUCCAAUGAUGAUAUACAUAUAGAGCCAAUGGAGUUGGAGCCAAUAGUCAGCACAGCGAGACCAGAGAGAAACACCUCUAUUUUUAGAUCUUUUUUAAACGCGAUUAAUAGGGCCUUGAAUAUAUUUUUCUAAAUACUUACUGUUUUCCAAAUUGCAUUUGUAUGCAGUCCAUUGUAUAAAUAUACGAAAUAAAUAUUUGAUUUUUAUCAAAUUGAUUCCAA